CUAAAUGGCACGCCGCGCCCUCAUCUCGGUAAGCACGUUCACUAGCAAAUCCUCCUCGUGAGUAAGAUCCCGCGGGCGUGGCUCAUUGUUGACAAGCUGCAGCAUCGUCUUCUUAUCCACGACGUACACGCGCUGGUCGUCGAGGCCUGCCGCCUUGAGGUUGUCUCUCACCGUCUGUUCGGUGUCAUGGACAUAUUCUGCGCAUGCCGUCCUCCAGAGCCGCUUUCUCUCGUCGCCCCUGCCAUUGCCUCUACCGUUUCCCACCUUGUCGUCCAUGCGGUUGCCGAUGUGCUGCAGCGCCUUCGAGCGGACGAUGUAUGCGGGGACGUUCGUCAACUUGCAGCACUUCAAGAUAGCGACGUCCGUCUCGGUGAAACGGCUAUCGAUGAGGAGGACGAUGCAGUUGAACAUGUACAGACCCUGCCUCCGGAAGUACUGCGCCGCAGGUUGGUUCAGCGUCCCCGCGCCGGGGAUGUCAUACCACACGAACGGGUACCACCCGAGCGGGUUAUCCGGCAGGUUGGGGUGGUCAUACCGCGCGAAGACUCUCGUCGUCUCAGACGUUCCCACUGGCGCUGCGCCGGGGUCGUUGUUGUUCAAGCCGCGGAUCGCGUUGAUCAGGGAAGACUUGCCGCUGCCCGCCGGGCCAGCGAUGGCGAUGUGGAUAAAGCCUUCCUUAUAUCCUAGGCGACGCCUCGUCUCCGCGAUUUCGCGUGUAUUGCGGAAGGUCAUGAACAGACUGUUAUCGUCCCGCUCAGUGCGCUCUCUUCUGAGCUGCUCCUCGAGCUGCCGAAGGCGCUCUUCCGCAUCUCGCAUGGCUGGGUUCCUGCGCAGGGCGUCCGCGUUCGCCGUGCCUGCGAUGCCAACGGUAGCUGCUGUGGCCGCGAUGCCCAUCAUGGCGAUUGCGCCUUCUGCGAUGAGAGACGCGUGGGAUAUGCGCGGCGGGAGUGUCGGCAACGAUACUCAAGUAACAGGAGAUGCCUUACGGCCAGCCAACAGCAAUGAUACGAGAGACGGCGGGGGAGGGGGAGGGGCCGCCCAGGGAGGCAAACUUGCAGCCGCACCCAUGAUGCGGUUUGCACAGACUACGAAGUGGACUGGAGUAUGCGACUUUGUAAGGAUGGCCCGCCGGACGCUGGGAGUUGGCGUUGUCCGCGACAGAGGGGUGCACAGUGGGGAGAAGUAUCAGAGUCCCGCGUAUUAUAUGGUCUGGAUUGUGGGUCUGGGUUGUGGGAUAGAAGCAGUUCAUGCAGCGGUUCAGAACUCACAAGGAACGGUCACGUGGUUUAGAGCUCUCCGGGUGAUCAGGAUCAAUCCAGACCAUUAUAACCCGUUACAAGUUAGAAAAGGAUUGUCAUCAAAUCCCGGCGAGCCCCGAGUCAGUCCAAUGAUCUCGACGAUAUACGGCGGCCGAGCAGAAGCGCAGGUCAGUAACAGUCUUGGCAGCGCACCCGGUCGUGGAGGGAGAGGAUCUCUAGCACACAUGUGCACCCCCAUCGUGUCGUCCAUCUAGGCAUCCCGGCGGAUGAAAACGUUAUCUCAGCUGCAGUGCUCAAGCUCAAGUGACUAGUAUAUAGGGGC